UCCCCACGCAUAACUCCAAGCAACCACCAUUUCAAUUCACUUCACCUCGACAGCGCACACCCACCCACCACCAGCCAGCAACCAGCUCGCCGAGCCAAAUCCAAGAGGGAGGAAGAGAGAGAGAGAGUGUGUGUCCCCUCUCCUUUCGUUCCGUGCACCCGAGGGGAACCAUGGCGGCGGCGAAGUCGGUGGAGCGGCUGGCGCAGCGUCUCGUGGCACCAGCUGAGCCGACGCCGAGCGGCCCGCUCCGGCUGUCGUGGCUCGACCGCUACCCGACGCAGAUGGCGCUCAUUGAGUCGCUCCACGUCUUCAAGCCCGACCUGGCACGGGAGGGACUCGGUCCGGCCCGCCAGAUCGAGGACGCCCUCGCGCGGGCGCUGGUGGAGUACUACCCGCUCGCCGGCCGCCUCGCCGUGUCCGACGCCGGGGGGCUGCACGUCGACUGCUGCGCCGCGGGCGUCUGGUUCAUCGAGGCCGCCGUCCGGUGCCGGCUCGAGGACGUCGACUACCUCGAGUACCCGCUCCAGAUUCCCAAGGACGAGCUGCUCCCGCACCCGCUCCCCCGGCCCAGCCGCGAGGAGGAGAACAAGCUCAUCCUGCUUGUACAGGUGACGACGUUCGGGUGCGGCGGCUUCGUGGUGGGGUUCCGGUUCAGCCACGCGGUUGCGGACGGGCCCGGGGCGGCGCAGUUCAUGGGCGCGGUGGGGGAGCUAGCGCGAGGGGCGGAGACCAUCUCCGUCGCGCCGUCCUGGGGCCGCGACGCGAUCCCUGACCCGGCCGGCGCACUGGUUGGCAGCCUCCCGGAGCCCGCCGGCGCGAAGCGGCUCGAGUACCUGGCCAUCGACAUCUCCGCCGACUACAUCGACCACUUCAAGUCCCAGUUCGCGGCGGCGACGGGCGGGGGCCGGUGCUCGGCGUUCGAGGUGCUCAUCGCCAAGGCGUGGCAGAGCCGCACCCGCGCCGCGGCCUUCGACCCGGCGGACAUCCCCGUCCACCUCUGCUUCGCCAUGAACGCGCGGCCGCUCCUCCACGCGCGCCUCCCGCGCGGCGGGUCCGGGUUCUACGGCAACUGCUACUACAUCAUGCGCGUGUCCUCCACGGCGGGGAAGGUGGCGUCAGCCUCCAUCACCGACGUGGUGAAGAUCAUCCGGGAGGGGAAGAAGCGGCUGCCGUCGGAGUUCGCGCGGUGGGCCGCCGGCGAGGCGGAGGUGGACCCGUACCAGAUCACCUCCGACUACCGGACGCUGCUGGUGUCGGACUGGACGCGGCUGGGGUUCGCUGAGGUGGACUACGGGUGGGGCCCGCCCGCCCACGUGGUGCCGCUGACGAACCUGGACUACAUCGCCACGUGCAUCCUCGUCAAGCCCUGGGUCCACAAGCCAGGGGCACGGCUCAUCACGCAGUGCGUCACGCCCGACCGCGUCACCGCCUUCCACGACGCCAUGGUGGACAUGAACUAGCCCCCCGCCUCCACCUCCUCCUCCUCCUCCCAUUUGCUCAUGGGUUUUUUUACUGCGGUAAUUACAUACAGCUUCUGGUGAUCAACAGCAACGAUAAUUAAACUAGCAAGAAAGAAAAUAAUGAUGCUAAAGUACAUAGAGACAGCUAGAUGGUAGUGGUUGGAUUCCUAAAUUCCUUUAUAUAUGUUGUUCCACGCAUAUCGGAAUCCGAUUCAGAUUUUAAAAAAAUAUAUACAUAUAAAAUAUAAUUCGGAAUCCAAUUCGACUAACUCGAAUUUGGAUGUCGAAUUUGAUAAAAAAAAGUUUGGAAACAGAUGUCCAGUAACACUGGUUGUUCUUGUUGUUCUCGGUGGCGGUGGUGUUGGGUGCAAGUGUGUAUAUAUACAUACAUGGCCGGUCUUUUCUCCUCUUGUUUUUGUGGGACUGUUCAUGGGGUUUUGCUUGAUGGAUAAAAGCUGGACUUGGUCGGAAGCCAUCAACUAGUCCUCUUCCCCAACACCUCAUUAUAAGAUGAUGUUAAUUAGUGUUAAUGUAUUGUAUUCAAUUUUUUUGUUUCUUUUUGUCAAAUAUAAGCUGGCAAUGGGUACAGACAGGCCUUCAAAUUGUAGUA